AUUCAAUCAAUUUGAUCGGUUUGUUGUGUCUGUUUGCCUGUCUCUGUGUGUGCUGUUUGUGUGGAUCCGUUCUCUUGAGCUCUCAAUGGCAGACAUGAGUCAAAUUAGGAGAUAUAAAGAUGACAAACAACACAAACAAAAGGAUACAUAUGUGAAAAAGAUCAACAAAAUGUUUAAAACCGAUUUAAUAGAGAUCUGUAUUCUGUUUAAUGUGUCGAAGAAUGGCACCAAAGAUGUGCUUCGAGAGCGACUCAUCCAAUUGGUUGACUCCAUAUAUAGUGUAGACGAAGAGCGCUGGUCUGCUCUCAAGUCUCAAAUCAAACGCGUCUAUAAAGCAAACGAUAGGAUUAAGAAAUCGCCCAAAAAAGUGAAAAAGAAGAAGCGGAAGAAGAGCCAAACGGGCGAUGCGAGUGCUUCGUCACCACUGCGAGGAAUGCCUGCUGUGUUUGAUAGUGAUCUCGACAACGAUAACAGUGAUGACAGUAAUGUCAGUAAUCAACAGUUGGAGAGAAUUGUACUUAAAAUACCAAAACCAACGCAACAGUCGUGUGAUGUGAAUAAUUAUUACGAUUUUUUCUCCGAUUAUAAGACUAAUUCACCCGCGAAUAUCAGCUACAAUAACGGCCUGCCGUCUGCUGCGGCGGCCAAUCAACAGUCGUCGACAUCGUCGCAGCCAUUGUCAGCGCCAAUACCGACGUCUGACCAACCGAUUGACUUUAGCUUUCUGUUCAGAGACCUGAUUCCGACGCCGCCAACCAAUCAGAGUCACAAUCCGAGCGCCAGCGGCAGUCAGUUCUUCAGUCACACCACUGCACCGCUUGCGCACACUUUCACGGCUCGAGCGCCGGCACCGGGAACUCAGUUAACAGCGGCGCCAAACGUGAGCCUUCAGCCAUACAAUGCACUAACUGUGAGACCUCCGGUGGCGGUCGUGCGGCCGAAUGUGUUCCAUCCGUUCGCGCCGUCCGCACCCAUGCAUUACUCCCAACCCGUAAAUUAUCCACACUUUAUGGGACAUCAAAAUUACUUCCAAAACACGAGUGCAGUUCAAAAUUAUUCGCACCGCCAGUAUUACCCGAAUCCGGGCGCUCCAGACUUAGACCUUCCCGACUCGCAGACCUUUGAUAUGUUUUUAAAGCAACAGAAGUUUUUAUUGUCUCAAUUCUCGUCGGCUAAACAGACCAACGAAGUGGACGGCGGCGCCAAUGACACCGACGAUUCCGAUCAUCCCAUCGGUCAUGAGUUUGCGUUCAAAGCGUUUCAAACAUUUACCACAAUUAAGAAGCUUUUGGAGCCGACAACCAUUGGAUCUCUAUCAGACAUUGGUCUCAAUAUCGAGUUUACGCUCAAUUUGGUCGACUUCGACGCCAAUAACUUCUACCCUGAUUUGCAAUCACUGUUGGAAACAAAGUCAUAUCAAAUCCAAUUAAGAUUCAGUUAUAUCAGUGACGUUCAGAUCAAAGAGCAUAAGGAUUGCGUUCCAGAAUUCUUAUGCAUUCAAUGCAAUAAUAAUCGUGUCUUCGAUUCAACUGAGGAUGAGGAGAGGUCUUCGGGUCCCUUUGAUUUGAACAAAUGGUGUGUUUUUGGCGUUAAUAAAGUCAGGUUUUGGAUGUCUAAAGAGAAGUACACAUUCCUCAUGCCGUGUCUUUACGAGGUAUCAAUUGUUAGCUUUGAAACUCCGGAUACAUUUCUCAAUAAGUUGAAGGAAAAUAGCGCACAAUUACUCGACCCACAGAUCACUAAACAAUUGAUUAAAUCCCGAAGCGAACCGCCCUCUCAGGACGAUAUCAUCAUUAGUGUUACGAAUACGACAAUCAAAGUGAAACUCAUUUGUCCGUUGAGCUGUAGGCGCAUUGAGACCCCGUGUCGGACACUCGAGUGCAAACACAUCGAGGUGUUUGACGCGCAUUCAUUCCUUAAAGCAAAUGACUUUCGGUACGACUGGUUGUGUCCUAUCUGUCAGAAAAGGGCUGAUUUUGAUUUGCUUCGAGUCGAUGGGUAUUUUACGGAAAUGUUAAACAAUACGGACGACAGUAUAACCGAAGUAUUUGUUAAAUCCGAUGCAACAUAUGAUGUGAUCAAAGUGCCGAACUCUCCACCAGUUGUCGAUUUGGACGACACAAUAGAAGAUGAUUUUGAUUGCAGUGUCGUUGACGCCGACGGCUGUAUAGUAAUCGAUUAAAUCAUUGAUUUGUUUGUCAAUUAAUUAGUAAAUUC